UCGUCCAUGUUGUCUUCGCUCCUGCUAGUGGCUAAAGGAGACAUCAUGAAGGGGAUGCGGAAUAUUAGUUAUCUUUCUAGACGGUUCUAUGCAGUCAAGAGCAAUACCUGUUUGAGUGAACUGCUCGGUGGCUUCAAGGCCCCUUCAGGUGCAAGCCAUCCUCUGCAAGAUGUUCACAUCACCAAGCUGCCCAAUGGGCUGGUUAUUGCCUCCUUGGAGAACUACUCUCCUUCCUCCAAGAUUGGUGUGUUUGUGAGGGCAGGCAGCAGGUACGAGAAUGUGGGCAACCUCGGAGUCACCCAUAUCCUCCGACUUGCAGCAAACCUGACUACAAAAGGAGCCUCUGCAUUUAGGAUCACUCGAGGUGUUGAAGCUGUUGGUGGUGGUCUGAGUGUGACGUCUACCAAAGAGAAUAUGGUUUACUCUGUGGAAUGCAUGCGUGACUAUGUUGACACCGUAAUGGAGUACCUGAUCAAUGUAACCACUGCACCUGAAUUCAGGCAUUGGGAGGUGGCUGACCUCACACCCAGGAUAAAGGUGGACAAAGCGCUGGCUUUUCAGGACCCUCAGCUCGGUGUUCUUGAAAAUCUGCACACUGCUGCCUAUAAAAGUGCCCUCUGUAACACACUGCACUGUCCAGAUUAUAUGGUUGGCAAGAUCACUUCAGAGCAGCUGCAUGCGUUUGUCCAAAGCAAUUUUACAAGUGCAAGAAUGGCAUUGGUUGGACUUGGGAUUGACCAUGCUGUUCUGAAGCAAGUGGGAGAGCACUUCCUCAAUAUCAGGAGUGGACAGGGUGCUGCUGGAGCCAAGGCAGUCUAUCGCGGGGGUGAGGUCAGAGAGCAGAAUGCAGACAGCCUAGUCCAUGCUGCUGUGGUAGCUGAGGGGGCAGCAGCAGGAAGUGCUGAGGCCAACGCGUUUGCUGUCCUUCAGCACGUGUUGGGGGCUGGGCCUUACAUCAAGAGGGGGACCAAUGUGACGAGCAAGCUAAGCCAGGGAGUAGCCAAGGUCACAACCCAACCAUUUGACGUCACAGCAUUCAACGCAAGCUACUCUGAUGCUGGACUGUUUGGUUUUUACACAAUUUCCCAGGCGGGUGCAGCUGGUGAUGUCAUCCAGGCAGCUAUGGCCCAGAUCAAAGAAAUUGCACAGGGAGGUGUCACUGCAGCUGAUGUGACAAGAGCAAAGAACCAACUCAAGGCUAGAUAUUUGAUGUCGAUGGAAAGCUCUAAUGGAUUGUUGGAUGAGAUUGGCGCCCAAGCACUUGCAACUGGUACUUGCGUACAGCCAAAGUCUGCAGCCCAAACAAUUGAUUCUUUGUCUGCCAAUGAUGUUGUAAAUGCUGCCAAGAAGUUUGUUGCUGGCAAGAAGUCUAUGGCAGCAAGAGGAAACUUGGGGAACACGCCCUUUGUGGAUGAAUUAUAAAAUAGAAUAUUUCAAUAAGAACUUUAAAGAAAUGUGUUUAUUGCUGCUCGUUGAAGAAUUUUUGAAUGGCCCCAGUUCCAUAAAUAUUCUGUCUACCCAACUUGCUGGGUUCAUUUCACUUGUUAAUUAUCAUUUUUAGAAGAAUGUUUUCAAAAGUGUGUCAGGAUAAAAAGGUUUUACUUUUGCCAUUUCCUGUAUAUGGGAUGUAAAUGCAUUUAAAAAAAAAAAAAAAAAAACACUUCUCUAUGUAGUUGUUUUUGUGGGUGUUUGUGUUUUAAUUAUAUGUAUCUUAUAUUUAGGGUAGGAUAAUACGUAUUAGAAUCAGUAUUCUGUAUAGCAAAAAAUAUUUUGUAAAAAUUCUAAUAUGGUUAUUGUUGUCCAACGUAGGCAGUUUGGUCUGCCUGAAAAAAUUGGAUGCAGCAAAGCAUGGAGCAUGUGAAAUGCAAUUAAUAUAAACACCUGGAAUCAAAACAGUAAGGAAGUCAUGAAAUCCUCCAUCUUUCCUGAAGACAUAAGAUAAAUUAUAACAUGGACAAAGACAUGUGGAAUUACACAUUAUAACAUAACAUCCGUUUUGUAAUUAUAUAUUUUUUUUGUUUUUAUAAAUGGUAUCAACACAAUGGAAGUGAGUAAAUCCUGCCCUUUGAUGUA